UCAGCAGGACCUUAGCAGUCCUGUGUGUGUCUCAAACAAUACACAAGGAAGUGGAACCGGAGGUAGGUUUAUUCCGGGGAUAGUAACAUCAGUAGUGUUUUUCGUUUGCGUUAUUUAAAUUAUCAGGCCAAAUCAUGAAAGCCGUUGCGUCAAUGUAGCUUUCGACGUGAUGAUGGACAUUUGUUGAACUGCCAUCGAUUCCAACGCGAGCAGGUGUCAACCUCUAGACACUGAAGGUGACAGUUUGUAAAAGCCCAGGCAGAACUGGAGCAGUCUUACCAGAGUCUCCAGCCAGAGCAACCAUGAACUUAAAUGACUUUGUGGUCAUCCCAAACACCAAGGCCAAAUCUACCAAGCUCAAUGGGAGGAAGUUGCAGGAGCUCCGUAUGGAGACGGUCACUCUGGCCCAGGAGAGUGAAUGGAUGGAGCAAAGACUCCAGCAGCUGAAAGAGAGCAUGAUCAGAGAGAAGCAGGAAAGAGGGCGACCGGAGGGCUAUAGAUGGAAGUCUGGGAAGGCCGGUACUAUGACCAACCCUUCCAGUGCCAAUAGGAACAAGGAGUACCCACCUCAGACGCAGCUUGCACCAGGCCGGCUGAAGAUCAGACUGCUGAAAGAAGAGCCUCUGAAAGCCCCUGUUCCCCCCGCCUCCCAGCCCACCCCGACUCUCGCCAGCGGAAGGAAGCAGAGACUCAGAGGGAAGAUCUGUGGACAGUGUGAAGUCAUGGCCGCCGGACUGGCGUGUCCCGAAUGUGGAGAGGACUACUGCGUGGGCUGCUUUACCAAGUUCCACCAGAAGGGGGCACUGAAGCUCCACAGGAUGGUCCCCAUUCAGGCGGAGCUGCAGACCCACGUCAGCACUCUGGCCGUUGUCAGCAGCUUCCGCAGACAAGUUAACCCCGGCGCGCGGCCCCGGGCCCCGGCCCCCACCAAAGCGCCCACUUACUCCACAGCGGAUCAAUACCUCAUUCCCAGACCCCAUCUCCACGCUGACUCCCACGGCGGGCCCCACCACCAUCACCAACCCCAACCCCAACCGUCCCCCCCGGGCCCCCGGCGACCCGGGGUGGACACGGAUCCACCGGCCGCCGCGAGCGGAAGGAGCAGGAAGGCUAAGGGAGAGGGGCGGAGUCCCGAGCCGAUCAGGGGGUGGGACAGACCUGCCGACCCCGCCCUUUAUCACACCGAGCACGUCAAGGUAAACAAUGCAGGGGAUGGAGGGGACCAAGGGGCGACAGACACCGAAGAGGAGGACGAGGAGGAGGAUGACAGCAGCGGUGAUGGCUAUGACGAUGAAGAUAACGAAAGAGAGAUGGAGGAAGGACAGGAGGGAGUGGAGGGCAUAUCCCUUCUGGACGGAGUGUAUGACGAAGAGGACUCGGCUCUGGGCUUCCAGAAGGCUCUGAGGGAGUGGAGGGGCCAGGGGACAGGAGAGAUGAGGAGGAGCGGGAGCAGCGGAGGAGGAGAGGAACAUGACGAGAGAGGCUUGAGACCCACCGAGGACCCUCCAGUGGCUAUGGCAGCCAUAGGAACCCAGGCUGGCCUUCCACCAAACAGGGGACCAGAAGGAGGGGGUGGAGGAGGUGGAGAAGGUAGAGGAGGAGGUGGUGGGGGAGAAGGUGGGGAGCGAGUGCCUGUCAAUGUGGUAUUCCAGGACGACAGCCUCUGUUAUCUUGACAGACUGCUCCUCAAGAAUCACCGCAGAACACCAAUCAAACUGCAUCGACUGAAUUCAGACCCCGGCCUCGAUUCAACAUUGCUGGCUCACACUCAGGAUGGGCCGGCGGACCGCACCCUGACUGCGGAAGAUGAGGACUUCCGACGCUACUAUGCAUCAUUGUUUGCUGUCCCCACCACUAGGGGCAGUGUGGGACCCACAAGCAACUCCCCUGUGUCUUGCCUCACCAUAGAAGUGCUGAAUGAGAGUAGCGAGGAGUUACCAGAAACCACUGGUGGUGAACCAACCAUCGACCGCAGCGCAAUGCGUCCUUCCGGGCAAUGUUGCUCCAAUAAAGAAAGUGAAGCAGGCGCCCUGGUCGGCCCCCUGCAGCUUCACUCUUUUACCUCUGGUCGGUCGGGACCUGCAAAGCACUCGUCAGUGUCAGCAGAUUCUACAGAAUACAAAAGUCUUCGUACACAGCUUUCUACAAAACAGUUCUCCUCGUCGCGCGGCCCUACAGGCGCUUAUCCGAGGGCGGCCGAGACGACCACGGAGUCGCCCCGGAGACCCGCCUCAACGUCACCAGGGUCCCCCGUCCCUCCCAGCGCCAGAGUCCACGAAUCACAGGCCCCCGCGCCGUCGUCUCCCACCGCCUCCCUGCGUCUCUCCAGCCGAUCCCUCCCCCCCUGCCCCGCCGCCUCUCCCCUCUGUCCCAACACCCGGGGGUCCCCUCCCCCCACCCACCUCUCCCUUCGCUCCACCUUCACUCUGACGCCGUUGACCUCCGUCGACGUAGCUCUUCUUCCCGAGGUUGACCCGGAGACUCUUCCCCCGGCGGCGGCGGGCGUAGAGGGGCCGGCGUCCCGGGCCGCCUCGUCCCUCAGAGGGUCCGCGGACUCGGCCCUCUCACCCGGGCGAUGGCGCUCCACGCACCCCCUGCCCCCUGUCCCCCCGGUUUCAUCCGAUCCAGAGGAGCGCCCCCCCACCGUCACCUCACCGCCAACCGGGGGGCCUCCCUCCCACCUCCCUUCUUCCCCCGAGGUACAAACCCCCAGCCCCAGUCCUCCGAAGCGGUCAUCGCCCUCACCCGUCCCGCCCAGCGGCCUCACAGACCAGGGAGGCAGGCCAGUCGGCCAGGGGGGCCGGAGGUCAGGCGGCUCGUCCGUGAACCACCCGCCCGCUCCGGCUCCUUUCACACCGGGGACCGCUGCUGAACCCUGGCGGGUCCGCGCGUCCACACCUGAUCCAGAGGAUCCGUUGGUUUCCCGUCCCUCUGAACUCGCGCGCGGGGGCCGAGGUUCGAGCCUUCCAUCCUAUCCAGAUCUACACUGUUUCCAGGACGAUCCCCCGAGCCGUGAUAAUGGCAGACCCGGAGGCUUCAUCCAAACAGACGAGGAGACAUCUGGAACUGGAGACGCCGAGGAUGACAUGUCUAUCGACAGCCUGGGACUGACGCUGCAUGACGGAGCCUCCUCCGAUGAAGACGAGUUGGAGGAGGACGGUGGGGGGUCAGGCGAGUGGCGGUGGAGGGAUGAGGACCUCGUCCGCGCCUCUAACGCAACAUCAGAAGGUUCCCUGGUUCCUGAGGGCUCUGGAUCAGAACAAGAGCCAGACGCAGAGACAGGCGAGGCCGGGUUCCAGUCAAAGCCGUCCAGGGCGCUGCAAGCCUUGGCCCAGAGAGCUUCCUCUGGUCAGGAGCGGCGUGGCGGCGGCCUGGAUGGGUUCCUGACUCUGGGUUUGGACCUCCAGUCCACCAGCUACGGCGGUCCUCCGGAACACACAGAGCCCAACGAGGAGAACCAGCGGGACCCAAUGCAGCCGCCGGGCCCAGACACAUUCCACCCAGGGGCAGUGAGCUGGAGGCCCAGUAGUAGUCUGCGAGCCCGUGCCCAGGAACACCUGGUUAGCACCGUGAUGAAGGACAGCCAGAGUCGGCCAACCGGUGUUCAGCAUCGCUCUGCCCCGCCCACUGUGAGAAGAGACAUUUCUACUUACAAGCCAGGAUUAUCAGGAUCACCACGGUACCCCCUCUCUGCUCGGUCCACCUCGGCCCGGCGCCCCGCUCCGGCAGAGGAACUCUCCCCCCUCCUCUCUCUCUCCCGCCUCCCUCCCCCCUCCCUCUCUGGCCCGUGCUCCGGGGGCGUGUCCUUGCGGCCCGUGUCCCGCGCCGCCCAGGAGAUCCAGGACAUCAGCGGUGUGGACCGGGCGAGCGGAGAGGACCCCAGGGAGGACGCGGACGCGGAGGCCCUGACCCGCCUGGAGGAGGAGCUCAGACUCAUGGUCCAUGAUACAAGCGCUCGGCCCGCGUUAAUAAGGAGCGCAGGCCACGGAGCACAAGGCCAGCGGAGGACUAAAGAUCUGACAUGGGGCGGAGUCAGUGAGGAGCAGAAACAGGAGGAAGAGGAAGUGGCGAGAGAUCACCAGAGUGUCUUGUCACUGCCUUGAAGCACGCCGAGUCAGAUAUGGAUGAACCGGCAUGUGGAUGUAUGCAUGUGGGUGUAUGCAUGUGCACACACACACAGUCACACACAGUCACACACACACACACACACACACACACACACACACACACGCACACGCACACGCACACACACACCUGUCAUUUUUGGGGACUACUUUAAACAACAUAUAGAUAGACUAAUUUGCAUUUAUUUUCGAAACCUUCACUGUCAUGUAGAUAAGUGAGGCUACUGACUGUGCCUUGUAUUCUGUCUAGUCAGCCCUGGCAAUAAGCUAUUAGCUCUUACCAUUGGCUAUUUAAAAAAAAAUCAGGAAACGGGUGAGACAUUGUGACAUGACUAAGCAUUAAAGAAUCCAAUCUGA